CAGUGUGACCAGCAGUCUGAACCUGAGGACUUCACAGGGGGACGCUUCUCAUGAAUGGGAGUCAGAUUCCAGCCCGGAAAGAGAAGCUGUUUGUUUGUCGACUUCAACCAGCACACAAGAAAAGCAACAUUCAGUUUUAAUUAGAUGAAACUGACUGAAUAUUUUAUGAGCGUCUUCACACAGAGACAAGUUUGACUGCAGCAGAGGAGCACUGUGGAGACUGUGCGACAUGGAAAACGGCUGUGAGACUGGGAGACCCUAGCAAGGAAAAGAGGUAAAAGGGCAACAACAACGAGGAGGAACCAUCUGUGGUUGGUUAACAGAAGUUCUCCUUUAUCCUGCAAUGCCAGAAGAAGCUAAUGAGGACGCCAUGAGAACGCCAGCCACUCCAGAGAAGGCUAACAACAACGAGCACCCUGUAGCUACCACGGUUAACAUCCCCCUGGUCAAUGAAGUCCAGCUGACCGCAGCCACUGGCGGGGCGGAGCUUUCCUGCUAUCGCUGCACUGUCCCGUUUGGUGUGGUGGUCCUCAUCGCUGGCAUCGUGGUUACUGCCGUCGCUUACAGCUUCAACUCCCAUGGAUCCACCAUCUCCUACUUCGGCUUGGUGCUCCUCUCGGCCGGACUGGUGCUGUUAGCAUCCAGUGUGGUCUGCUGGAAGAUGAGACUGGAGAGGAAGAAGGAGAGGCGACGGGAGAGCCAAACCGCCCUGGUGGCAAACCAGAGGAGUAUUUUUACUUGAACUAACAGCUGGACUCAUAUCCUGGUCUGAAGAGGCCUGAUGUUUCGAUCGAGUUGGAGAACCAGUUGCGGACAGAUGUUGUCCAGUCUGUGUUGGAUUCCCAACCUGUAAAACUUUUAACCACAAACUCUAAAGGCCCAGAACUUAAAGCUUUGAAGACAUUGUAGGGGAUUUAUUUGUCAAACAGACGUCGAGCAUCUGGCGAGCUGGGAAUGCAGCCAGAAGGAAUGUAUCACAAUUAAGAUGAAUUACCACUGUGUGAAGCGAUGUAGAGGAAGUCUCCCAUUAAUCUGCUGUUGGAUGUGGCGGCUUUGAUUGUAAUGGGAGGGAUUGUGGUUUUGAAAGGCCCAGGAGAGGAGAGGAAAACUGGAAAAUCCAGGACAAUGAUUCAUGCCUCAUUUACUACACUUCAGCUCGGGCAUAUCUGUUUAUGAAGUCUCAGCGUUCAUGUCACAGGGAGUGAUUAUGAAUUGCCUGAAAUGAAAGUAUGGUACUCCAUAUGAGGAUUUUGUCUAAAAUCUGCCUAUAUAUUCUGUUCAGAUUAGAUGGCACAUGAUAUUAGAGAGAAUAUUUAACCUUAAAUACAUAUUCUCUUAAAGCACUUUGAUUACCAUAAUCAUCAUAUUCAGUAUUAAAUGAAAUCUGUUAACAGAUGAAGUCAGUGAUACAUCCAGACUGUGAGUAGGUUUGCCAAUUUUGGCAAAUUUUUGCAAAUCAAAAUGCAUAUCUUGUUGGGUGAUCACUUAUUGUCCAAUGUACUUUCAUACUGUAAAAAAUGUUAAAUGUAGCAUAUAUUUUGUUCUGAUGUAAUCAUUUGCAUGUAUUAACUGUUGCCAGGACGUCAUGAGGUUUAAUAAACUCAUUGAUACUCAGA